AUGCCGGUCAAGCAGAUAGCCACGGAGUUCGGCCACUCGCUGCCGCCCGAGGCGCCGCACAACAUCACCUUCCACAUCCCCGGCUGGGACACAGCCAAGGCCCUCCGCCGCGGCGACCCGGACCUGCUCAGCAGGCUAGCCUCCAUCUACCCGCGCUUCGGGCCGUGGUGUGAGGUGCGGCAGCUCGCCACCCUCCUGCACCCCCUCCUCUCCCUGCCCCCCACCCACUCCCUCCUCCUGUACACCCACCCCUCCAUCUUCGCCGCGACAGCCCGCUACGCCACCUCCCCGCACCGCGCGCCCGAGCACCGCAUCCCGCCCGCCGCGCUGCUCUUCCGCGUGCUCGACAUCCCGCUCACCCUGCCCCUCCCGUCCGAACCCGCCGGCGACGACGCAGCUCACCACGGCGGCGCCCCCGUGCGCCUGUACGCGGUCGCCUACCCGACCGACCGCGCGCCCGGCGCCGUCGGCGUGUGGUCGAACCUCGGCGUCGGGAUCAGUAGCCGGCUGGCGGCGGCGCUGGUGCCCGCGGUGGAGAGGGGGGAUGUGAGGGUGGUGGAGUGGGAGGGGGACGGGGAGGCGGUGCGGGGGUUGGAGGUCGGCGUGGGGGAGGAGGAGGGUGAGGGCAAGGGCAAGGGCACGGUGCCCGGGACGGGUCACCUUCCUCUGGGGGAGGCGCAUGGGGCGUUGAGGAGGCGGAUUGCGGGGUUGGUUGGCACGCGGGGAGGGCAGGUGCGCGAGGGGGAUGUGUUUCUGUAUCCCACGGGCAUGGCGGCGGUGUAUAGGCUGCACCAGGCGCUGGUGGAGGUGCGGCGGGGCGGGACGGUGGUGGUGCUCGGGUCGGUGUUCCAUAACAGCUGGCAUCUGUUUAAGGAGGGGGUGGGUGGGAUGAAGCAUUUUGGGCGGUGCGAUGCGGAGAGCGGCGUCAUGGAGGCCUUGGUCGAGUGGUUGGCGGGCGAGAGGGCCGCCGGGAGGAAGGUGGGCUAUGUGUUUGCCGAGUUCCCGAGUAAUCCGAUCCUCGUGAGCGUGGAUCUGAGGAGGCUGAGGGAGGUGGCCGACAAGCACGAUGUCCCCGUUGUGAUCGACGAGACGAUCGGCUCCUUCUGCAACAUCGACGUAUCCGCCGUCGCCGACGUGAUCAUCACCUCCAUCACCAAGUCUUUCAGCGGCUACGCCAAUGUAAUGGGCGGCUCCGUCGUGCUCCCGCCUUCCUCGCGACAUUACAAUGCCAUCAAAUCGACCCUGGCGGCCCAGUUCCGCAACGAGUACUUCCACGCGGACGCGGCCCGGCUGCUGGCCAACUCGGCCGACUACCUCGCGCGGUCCGCCAUCCUCAACCGCAACGCCUUGGCGCUGGCCACCUUCCUCCACAAGCACUCGCAGCUCCCCACCUCGCCCAUCACCGCCGUGCUCUACCCGCCCUUCACCAACACGCACAGCAACUACCUCGCCAUGAUGCGCCGCGGCUACGGCUGCCUACUAGCAAUCGAAUUCCGCACGCUGGCGCUGGCCCGCGCCUUCUACAACAGCCUAUCCGUGUACCAGGGCCCGCACCUGGGGGCGCACCACACGCUGGCGUUCCCGUUCAACGACGCGAUCUGGGGCGCCGACGCGGAGGCGGCGGCGUACCUGGCGACGUACGGGGCACGGGCGGAGCAGGUGCGGGUCAGCGUCGGGCUGGAGGACGAGGCCGAGCUGCUGGAGACGUUCGAGGCGGCGCUGGCGGUUGCGGGGCGGGCGAUGGGGGAAGACGGGAACGAGAAGGAAGGGAGGGAGGGGUGA